AAGCAGCACAUUUGCACGCAUCCAGACUGCCACAGACGUUUCAAGCGACUGGAGCACCUGAAGCGACACAUGCGUAUCCACACGCUCGAGCGGCCGUUCCAAUGCAGCUAUCCGGGAUGUCAAAAGACGUUCUCGCGUUCCGACAAUUUGACCCAGCACUUGAAGACGCAUGAACGC